GGAAACCAAAUAAACCGGUUUCUUCGUCCACUGCCCAAAAAUGCUCACUCUUAAAGCCAACCCCAAGCGGGCCUGAAAUGUUCCCUCACACGUCCCAUCCCCCCUCCUUUACACUUUCUCUCUCUACCACUUUCUCUCUCUACAAUGGAAUCACACAGUCCGCCAUGAUUCCACUCCCUGUACCAAACCGUCUCUGUAAUGCACCUUCAGAGACUCCCAACUUCUCUCUCCACAAGACCAUCUCUCUUCAUCUUCUCCGGUCACCGGAGCUUUUACCGCUGACUUCACAUAUACAUAUAUGUGCGUGUGUUUAUUCUCUCUCCAUCAACACCUUGUCGAUCAAAACUCUCUCUAUAAUUAGCUACAAUAUUAGCUACGAUCACUUGAUUCUCUAAUUUCUGAUCGUUUUUCGAUUUUCGAAUUUUCUAAUUGGAUUGAUUGUGUGCUCUAAUCCGUUCGUUUGAAUUUUGUUUUUAGUUAAACGCGUUGAUUGUUGUUCGAUUUUUGAAUAGAAACUACUUUGAAGCUCAAUAUUGAAACUGUAUAUAUACACAUUUGAACGAUAGUCAUGUUGGAUCUUAAUCUCGGUGUUGAUGACAAUGAGGUCUCGAUCAUGAUGGUGGAGAAGUUUGUUGAGGGUUCCGGAGGAGGCCUGAUGGACGAAUCAGGCGCUUCGAAUUCGUCUAGCGUGAAUGCCGAAGCUUCAAGCAAUGCCGGCGACGACGACUCGUGCUCGACACGUGCCAGCGGCGGUGACAAGUUCACCUUCAAUUUCGGUAUAUUGAAGGUCGGUGGCGACUUCAGCAAUGUUAAUUCUGAGAGAGGUGAUGACGAUCGGAGGAGUCAGUUGGAAUUGAUGACUAGGCAGCUUUUUCCGGUGGGUGGAGAUGAUGGAGGAACUCAGGGGCGGAGUUUGGCGUCUUCGUCAAUGUCAGUGACGCCUAAUUGGGCUGAUCUCUCGUUCAAACAAGCUGGUUCUGGUGGCUUGCAAGAGGUGAGAGUCGUACAACAGCAACCACAACCACAACCACAGCGACAGCAGAUGAAGAAGAGACGGGGACCGAGGUCCCGGAGCUCGCAGUAUCGUGGAGUCACGUUCUACAGAAGAACUGGAAGAUGGGAAUCGCAUAUCUGGGACACUGGGAAACAAGUGUAUUUGGGUGGAUUUGACACUGCUCAUGCUGCUGCUAGAGCUUAUGAUCGAGCUGCAAUUAAAUUCCGGGGUGUUGAGGCAGAUAUCAAUUUUAAUCUGAGUGAUUAUGAUGAGGAUAUGGAACAGAUGAAGAAUCUGACAAAGGAAGAAUUUGUGCACAUACUCCGUCGACAGAGCACUGGUUUCUCAAGGGGCAGCUCAAAAUACAGAGGAGUGACACUGCACAAAUGUGGCAGAUGGGAAGCUCGAAUGGGGCAGUUUCUCGGCAAAAAGUAUAUAUAUCUUGGGCUAUUUGACAGCGAAGUAGAAGCUGCAAGGGCUUAUGACAAGGCGGCAAUCAAAUGUAAUGGAAGGGAGGCUGUCACCAACUUUGAGCCGAGUACAUAUGAAGGGGAGAUGAUAUCUGAAGACAAUAAUGGAGAUAUCAGCCACAAUCUUAAUCUUAACUUGGGGAUUUCAACACCUUCUUUUGGAAAUCAUCCAAAGGAAGACAAAAGUUCAGGGCUUGUCCAAUUCCACCCUUAUGAUGUGCAUGAUGCAAUGAGAUCAAAGAUGGUGAACCCUGCUAUGACAAAAGCUGGUAAUCAAUCUCUUAAAGCACUAGAAAUGGCAUCACAGCAUCCUUCCUUAUGGGCUGGUAUCUAUCCCAAUUUCAUUGCACCCUAUGAGGAAAGAGCAGCUGAGAAAAGAAUUGAAGCAGGUUCCUCACAAGGACUUCGGCACUGGGUCGGACAAAUGCAUGGUCAGGUUAGCGCUACACCAUUGACAUUGUUCUCUACUGCAGCAUCAUCAGGAUUCUCAUCUCCCACUACCAGUGCUCACUCGGCUGUCAUUAAUCCGUCAAACUGUCUUGUACCAACUGGCUACAAUCAUCUGUCAUGGCCGCCACCAACACCUCUCAAUAACAUUUUCCAGAUGAACCAACUGCCACACCCACCAUAGUUCUCCGCCGUCUGUUUCAAAUAUGGAUAUGAUGCAGAUACACCAACACAUUGUUUCUUGAAUUCAUCUUAUGUUUCUAGUAUUUGUUGAUUGACAUACUUGAAGGAUAUACUUUUGUGGAUUCUUUAGUAGACCACACUGGGGUUUGAUUCGUUUUGAUGCUGAGAAAAUGUUAAUUUCAAUUGCAUAACCCAAUUGUUAAAUUUUUGCUUCUUUCUUGCCAAAGUGUUGUUUUCUAUAGAGGGUUGAAUUAAAAGUAUUCUGUUUGUCAGAGAAAGAAAAUAAUACAUAAA